AUGUGCUACACAUUCAUGCUGAAGAAGAUACACGUGAAUCACCGCAGCCUUCCGCCAACUUCUGCCAUUGAGGCACUGGAUUGUCUCGACGUUGGAAAAUCAGGCAUUGUAUACGCCCUCGAUGCACGACGAGUGGUGAAAAGAUACGAGGGCGACAACGAUGAUGAGAUUGAUGCCGAGCGAGAAGUUUAUGACCGCCUAGGCCCCCAUCCCAAUAUUGCGGGAUUUCUAGGGGCUCUGGAUGAUGGUUCUAUUGUGCUCGAGCGCGGACAAGUAUUGCGCGAUCGACUCUCUGAGCAGACGAGGACUCGCCCUAUUCCCUUGCGCACUAAAUAUCGCUGGAUUAAACAGGCGGCUACGGGGUUACAAUACCUCCAUGACUGCAACAUUAUUCAGGCGGAUGUGGGAUGUCGGAAUAUGAUCAUCGCUCACGGCAAUUUAAAACUCAUUGAUUUCGAAGGCUGCAGCAUUGAUGGGAACCCGCCGACUUCCUCGUACGAGUGGUUUAGCUACAAGCCAUCCACGCCCCGCGCCACCGUGCAGACUGAUAUAUUUGCUCUCGGUUGUGCAAUCUACGAGAUUAUCACUGGCAAGCCCCCAUAUCACGACUUAAAGGGCCUGAAAGACGCACGAGAGCGCGUCGAGCGUCUGUACGAUAGCAAUCAAUUUCCGGACGUGGCCGAUCUGCCUAUGGGAUCCUUGAUGCUGGAUUGCUGGCACGGGAAAUUCAGCUCUAUGCGUGAGGUUGUCGAGAGGAUUGAACUGCCCAGGCAGUCCACCACCAGGUCACGACAUGUCAUGAACUGGUGCAGAAUGAUGACUGUGCGAUGCUAG